UUUUGAGUGUGUUUGUUGCAUCACUGUUUCCUCUUCAAACGUCAGUCACUCUCUCUGCGCACUAGUCCCUCUGUGAUCAUCCGGCAGUGCAGGUCUCUCUGUAGUCUCUGUUGGAUUGUGCGUGUGCACAGGGUGACUGCAGAAAAUGGCCAAUGCUACUGAAGAUUAUAACAUGAAAUAUCCCGACAACAGCUUAUCAGAAAUGAAUUAUGACGACUAUUAUGGAUACGGAGAUGAUGGACUGUGUUACACACAGGUCUUCGACAAUGUGUACUAUCACCUCAGUCUGUACGUCCAUUCCAUCAUCGUUGUGCUGGGGUUGCUGGGCAACCUACUGGUCAUCGUCACGUAUGCCUUCUACAAGAAGACCAAGUCCAUGACGGAUGUGUACCUCCUCAAUGUGGCGGUGGCCGAUGUUUUCUUCGUUGUGGUGUUGCCAUUCAUCAUCUACAACGAGCAGCAUGGCUGGGUGAUGGGGGAUGGGGCCUGCAAGGUCCUGAGUGGCGCCUACAGUCUCAACCUGUAUAGUGGUGUGCUUUUGCUAGCCUGCAUCAGCGGCGACCGCUACCUCGCUAUCGUCCGCGCUAGCAGCUCCCGAUACCUCCGCUCCCGCACCCUCGUCUACAGCCACGCCAUCUGCUUUACUGUCUGGGUGAUGGCACUUCUGCUGUCCCUGCCCACGUUCCUGUACUCAACAACCUAUCAGCCCCGAGAUUUAACAGUCAUGCUUGGUGUAACACCUGAAAAUUCCACAGAUGAAGAAUUGGUGGAGUGUAGGCUUUACUUUAACAGCACUGAGACGGCAGACCUCAUGAAGGUCCUGAUCCCAAGCCUGCAGAUGGGGAUCGGGUUCCUGCUGCCCCUGAUGGUGAUGACCUUCUGCUACACCUGCAUCAUCCUCACACUGCUCAAGGCGCGCAACUUCCAGAGGCACAAGGCGGUGCGGGUGGUGCUGACGGUGGUGCUGGUGUUUGUUCUCUGCCACCUGCCCUACAACCUCACCCGCCUGGCGUACACCAUCACUCUGGGUGAGGAGAGGGAGUGCCCUGCCGAGAUCUCCUUCAUGGUGGGACUCAGCAUCACUGAGACUCUAGCCUACCUGCACUGCUGCCUCAACCCCUUCCUGUACGCCUUCGUCGGCGUGCGCUUCCGCAACCACUUCCAGAAGGUUCUACGGGACCUGUGGUGCGUGGGGAAAGACUACAUGCGUGCCCGACGCCCCUCUUCCCGCAUCACCUCGGAGGUUUGUCUGUCCAUGCGCAAGUCACUUGACGGAUCCAACACGGACCACGCCACGUCCUUCACCAUGUGAUCCCAAUGGAUCCCCCCAGGACUUCUUUUUUACUUUAGUUCAGAUAAAAUGCUAAACAUGCCAUAUUUACUAUGUGGCUUGAUCCAGCUGGGCAUUGGAAUCUGACCUCCCAUGGACUGGGACUGACUAACACACUUUACUGUGUGAUUAAAACCAAGGGGUCAGGGGUCAGGGGUCAGCCUUUAGAGGGUUAGCUUCAGCCAGUUGGCCGCCAUCAUAGAUAGAAAGCUAGCAUUGUCCGUCGAGUUCUUUUAGGUGGCAUCGUGAACGUGGCCGCCGUAUUGCUGGGGGCAAACACCUUACUGUCUAUGGGCAACACUGCCUACAAUCAGAGACACCGGUCUGAUUUCAAAUCAGAGACACAUGUUUGGCCUACAUUGAUUGUUGUUGGAGCCCAAUGCGGAAUCAAUCUAUCUAUCUAUGGCCGCCCCCAUCUUUAAAAAUGGCGUCCCACAGGUGCUCACUACCUGCCACAGCCCCACAGAAACAGCCAAUCAGGUGCCACAGACACAGGAGUAUAUUCUCUGUGGAUUGGUGGAUGUUACCAUGAGCUUGCAGCUUCCACACUGAGAGGAUCAGUCAAUUCAAACGGACUACAUCAUUUGCGACCAUCUGUAAUGAAGCACCUAAUUGGCUUGUUUGUGAGAAUGUGUCAGGAAGUGAGCAUAUGUGGGACACCAUUUUAAAAGAUGGCAGCAGUCAAUUAAGUAUAUUAAUUUUUGGUUGAAACAGCUAGGCUAGCACCAGUUUUCAUGAUCACGUUAAUGUUCAACUAGAGAUGGAAAAAAAACUGCAAUUAAUGCUGGUACUGAAUUGUUUUCAUGCUGUGAAAUAUGCACGUCUGGCUUGGGAACCCCAUAAAGUGACGCUUUCUAACUUAAAUGUCUAAUCCUAGUGCAACCCUUUCACUUUUUUAGUUUUUGUUACCACAACAUGUUCAACUGGAAAUACCGUUAUCUAGCCUCAUCCCCUGUCUCUUGCAGCCUCUAGAGGAUUUAAUUAAAAUGAGAAAUAAUCUGAAAGUUUUUUUACUAUGUCGCACAGAUUGUAGAGAUGUUUUCUUGUUGUGUAUUAACUGUAUUUUUGAUCAUUUGCUUGUAAAUGUUGUGUAUGCGCAUCUUGUUUGAAUACCACUCCUUUUUUAACACAACAACGUAGUGCCCCUUUGAAUACCACUCCUGUAACCCGUAGUGCCCCUUUGAAUACCACUCCUGUAACCCGUAGUGCCCCGUGAAUACCCCUCCUGUGCCCGUGAAUACCACCCCUGUAACCAGUAGUGCCCUGUGAAUACCACCCCUGUAACCAGUAGUGCCCCUUUGAAUACCACUCCUGUAACCCGUAGUGCCCCUUUGAAUACCCCUCCUGUGCCCCGUAGUGCCGCAGUGGCCCGUGCAUACCACUCCUGUGCCCGUGAAUACCCCUCCUGUGCCCCGUAGUGCCGCAGUGGCCCGUGAAUACCCCUCCUGUGUUAUCAGUGGUAGUCACUCUUCCAGUUCAUCUUCCUCAAAUGUGUUUCAAACUAGAUACGGUAUUUGGAACUUUUCCUACUCUCACCUACUGUGAAACAUACUCAAAAUUACCUUAUAAAAAUGUAAGUCGACUCUAUGUGUGCAAAUAAAUGAAAAUGUGUUUUCCUUAA